GACACAGUGAAUGCGUCAAAGUCAGUUGCUUGCUCCAGAACAGCCAAGAUCAGUACAGAGUUGCAGUGCGGUGAUUGCCGUGAUGACGAUGCUCGCAAUUGCGUUGGGAAGGAAGGAGCGUUAGGCUGCGUCUCUAGAGGCCAGCCUACGAAUUGUUUGGAAAGCACGCAGUUGCUUUUUUCGUGAGAGCCUUCUGGACAGCCAUCUCACGGCGGUUUGCGUCUGUGAAAAGAAAACAUCGAAGGCUCGGCAACUGCUCCAAAACACCGCUCUCAUCCUGCACUCAUCGCUCAGCAGCUCCCCACGAAAAGAAACGCAAUGGCCUCCUUUGGAGCAACAGAUGCGCGGGACCAGCACUCAGCACAACAGCAGCAGCAACAACAACAGAGGUCAAAGAAGCUGUAUCGACCAUUCACACGAGAAGUCCGCACGCUAAUGUACGGCUUCGGCGACACCGACAACCCGUCCCCCGACAGCGUCGACCUAAUGGAGGAGCUGCUCCUCACCUACCUCUCCGAUCUCGUCACUGAGGCACAACGGACGGCACCCAAACCGAAAACAUCAGAUUUCCUUCAUGCGCUGCGGAGGGAUCCAAAGAAACUGGCCCGCGCGCAUGAAUUGCUCGCGAUGGAGGUCGAGUUGAAUAAUGCGAGGAAGGUGUUCCAUGAUCCGGAGAUGGAUGUUAAGAAGAGGGCGGCCGGAGCGGCGGGAGGGCGUUGAGGGAUGGGGGAGCAAGCAGAGGAGCAGAUGGAAGUUGAGACGAGACAGUUAUCGUACUUUUUCUUUCCCUUUCCCCUGAUCAAUCCAAUCCGUAGCCGCAAACGGGUCCUGGCCGUCAGCAGGAAGGAUAUCGGGGCGAAUGCCAGUGCGGCUGUUGCUCGGCGUAUAUGCGUGGGACGAGCGGAGGGAGACCGGCUCUGGGUCGCAUUUUUGGAGGAAGCGCAGAUACUAUAUGCAUUAGAUUUAAGAGAAAGUAAAACUAUUUCCCCAAAAACCCUUCCAUACGUCACAACGACGCCAUCCAUCACCCCACACAUCACUCCACUCUCAUGAAGUCAUGCAUACUACUCAAAGAAAGGUGGGAAGAAACGCCAUGUAUAUAGUAGGUACAAUGAAAUAGUAGGUAUAGUAGGUAUAAUGUAGUGAUGUCGGCGCCUUCCCUGGCC